AUGGAAAGUUCAGCUACAAAUAAUAUAUCAGCAGUAGAUAUUGAAUCUCAGUUUACUGAGAGUGAAAAUAUUUCUAGAAAUCUUUGUGGGCUAGUAGAUAUGGGAUCUAACGGUAUAAGAUUCAGUAUUUCUUCGAUCUCUUCACAUCAUGCGAGAAUAACUCCAUGUGUCUUCAAAGAUCGUAUAGGUAUAUCAUUAUAUGAAAUACAAUUUCCACAUGCAGAUUCUUUAGAACAAAUUCCUAUUCCAACAGAUAUUAUUACAGAAAUAUGUAGUGCAAUUAAAAGAUUUAAAUUAAUUUGUGAGGAUUUUGGAGUUCCUGAUAAGAAUGUUAAAAUUAUUGCUACUGAAGCCACUAGAAUAGCUCUAAAUAGAGAUGAAUUGCUUAAAGAGAUAGAGAAAGGAACAAAUUGGGAAAUUAAAGUGUUAUCACAAGAGGAAGAAGGAACAAUGACUACAUUGGGAUUAUUAGCAUCAUCUGCAGAUAAUGAAACAAAUGGGAUAUAUUUUGAUUUAUUGAGUGGGUCAUGUCAAAUUUCUUGGAUUAAAACUUUACCUAAUGGUGAAUUUAUGAAAUCUGAAAAAGUGUCCUUUUUGCCAUAUGGUUCAGGAACAAUUACAAGACUUGUUAAAGCAAUUGAUGAUAAUGACGCUUCAAAGUUAAAAUUAUUUGAUGAUUUAAAAGCAGAUUUCAUGCAAGCGAUUCAGGAUAUUCAGAUACCAAAUGAUAUGAUGAAAGAAGCCAUAGAAAAUGAUGGAUUUAAAUUAAUCACAAGAGGUGGUGGUCUUAGAGGUAUGGGUCAUUUAUUAAUAAAUCAAGAUAAAGACUAUCCGAUACAAACAAUAAUUAAUGGGUUUUGUACAAGUUCCAAAAAUUUUCAAUCUAUUUCAGAUUAUUUAUUCUUAAAAGGGAAAAUUCCAAAUUUUGAUAAUAGUUGUCAUAAAAUUAAAAAAUUUUUUAAAAUUUCAGAAAAGAGAUCUAUUCAAUUACCAGCAGUUGGUCUAUUAACCAGUGCUCUCUUAGAGAGUCUCCCAAAAGUGAAAUCGAUAUAUUUCAGUGAAGGUGGUAUUAGAGAAGGUUUCCUUUAUACUCAAUUACCUGAAUCUAUACAUAAACAAGACCCUAUUAUAGUUGCAUCGAAACCAUAUGCUCCAUUAUUAUCGAAUAAUUAUUUGAAAUUAUUAUUAUCAGCUGUUCCACGUAAUCCUCAAACUGGAGAAUAUCCAAUUCCAGAGAUUGUAUGGAAAAGAGUAGCACCAACGCUAUGCAAUUUGGCGUUUAUUCAUGCAUCAUACCCAAAGGAAUUACAACCAACUGCUGCGUUACAUGUCGCAAUUACAGGUAUUUUAUCAGGUUGUAAUGGUUUAUCUCAUGAAAUGAGAGCAUUAAUCGGUAUAGCAUUAUGUUAUAGAUGGGGAGGUAAUAUUCCAGAGACUGAGGAACGUUUCUUAGAGUCAAUGGAAAAUGUAAUACUAAAUCAAUAUGAUGAGAGUUCUAGAAUAAAUUCAAGGGUAGCCAAGAGAAUAAUAUGGUGGACUAAAUACAUUGGAACAUUUAUGUAUGUCAUAUGUGGUGUUCAUCCAGGUGGGAACAUUAGAGACAAUUUAUUCAAAUUUCAUGUUAUCCCAAGAGCAAUCUCAACAAGGGAACAUCAAUCAAAUAAUAUUGACGAAGAAUUGGAUAGAGAUCAACAUUCCGCUUCAAGAAGUGAUAGGACUGAUUAUGAGGCUAUCGUUAGUAUCAGUAAGGAUGACUUGAAGACAAGUGCAUCAGUCAGGGCAAGAAUCAUUACAUUACAAAAAAGAAUAAAAAAACUUUCUAGAGGGAAUAUCGAGCGUGUAAAAGUCACGGUCCAAAUGUUCGAGUAA